AAAGCCAACAUCUCUCUUUCUACUAUUAUUUGCACCGAUCGAAGCUGACCAUGGGGUGAACGAGGACGAAAUCGAUGUCUUAAAACGCCUGGGUUCACCACAACAAAAGGGCAGUCUUCCAACGUUUCCGCCCCUGCAUCAAUAAGGGGCGACCCAUUUCAUUAUGCGCGCGGCGGCGAAGGCCUCCUGUGUCGCGAAGGCCAUGCAUCUCCUCCUCCUCCGGUGGCUCUCCUUCCACAAGCCCCCUCCUCUUCUCUUCGCUUCCUCUCCCUCCCUCUCCAAAACCCUAACCCCUUCCCACUCCUCCUCCUCCGGCGCCGCCUGCCUCCGCUGUUUCUCCUCCGAUGGCAUCUCCGACCUCCGCGACCGGGUCCUCCUUCUGUCCGAGAAGAACUCCUCCAUCCACGGCGAUGGAGAGAGGGAAAAGCUCCGCGCCGCCGUCUCCGACCUCGCCGACGAACUCCUCGCCGUCCCUGACCACCGAGAAAUCGCCUGUGUCCUCGACUCCCGCUCCGCCGCCGCCCUUCUCCGCCGCUCCCCCAACGGCUUCGCCUCCAUCGAGCUCCUCUCCCGCCUCAAGUCCCGCCCUCUCCUCGCCCUCGAGGUCUUCAACUGGCGAAGGAAUCAGGUGGAUGCUGAGAUCCCGAUGCUUCCGGAGGAGUAUGCCAAAGCAAUUUCCCUCGCCGGCCGGGCCAAGAAUGCGGACCUUGCUGCCGAUCUCUUCUCCGAAGCUGGGGCUGUGGGCCUGCUCGAGACCUCCCUUUACAACGCCCUGAUGACUGCGUAUAUGUACAAUGGUCUCACCAAGAAGGCUGUCUCCAUUUUUGAGGACCUAAAGCGGGACUCCCGCUGCAAGCCCACCAUUGUCACCUAUAACAUCCUUCUUUCCAUCUAUGGUCGCUCGAUGCUGGUGGACCACAUGGAAGCUGUCCUUCGCACCAUCGAUGAGUCCAAGCUCUCUCGCAACCUCAACACUUACAACACAGUGAUUGCUGCUUAUGUGACUGCAUGGAUGUGGGAUCAGAUGGAGAGCACCUUUCGCGCGAUGGAGGAAGGGCCUAUCAAGCCUGAUGUCAAUACCCUACUCCUCAUGCUCCGUGGAUAUGCGCACUCAUGUAAUUUGGAGAAGAUGGAGAGAACUUAUGAGCUCGUGAAGGAGCAGGUCAAUGAUCGGCAAGUGCCUUUAAUUAGGGCAAUGGUAUGUGCCUACUGCAGGAUAUCUCAUCCUGAGAGAGUUCAAAAGAUUGAGGCAUUAAUGAAGUUUAUGCCAGAGGAUGAAUAUAGGCCUUGGCUCAAUGUGCUUUUGAUAAGGGUCUAUGCCCAAGAGGGAUUGGUGGAGGCUAUGGAGCGGUUCAUAUCUGAGGCAUUCCAUCGAAACACAAUGGUCACAACCACCGGUGUAAUGCGUUCAAUCAUAUCGAGCUACUUCCAGUGUAAUGCAGUGGAUCGGCUUGCUGGGUUUGUUAAGCAGGCUGAGUAUGCAGGGUGGAGGAUUUGUCGGUCAUUGUAUCAUUGCAAGAUGGUGAUGUAUGGGAAGCAGAGCAGGUUGAAGGAGAUGCAUGAGGUUCUGGAUGAGAUGGAGAAUUAUCGAUAUUUCCCGACAAAAAAAACAUUCUUGAUCAUGUACAAGGCAUAUUCCACAAUUGGGAGGAGGUUAGAAGCACAAACAGUAAUUGGAAUGAUGUGGAAGCAUGGUUUUGGCUACCCCGAGGAUGUCUUACUUUCCUAACAUUGCAUUUGGGAGUGGAGCAAAAGUAUUUUUUACCUGACAUUCAACUGACGAAGAGGUUUGAUUCCAUUAAAAUAUGAGAUGAUUACUCAGUACUGUGCCAGAUGGGCUAAGUGGUGAAGCUACACCUUAUCCUUUUGUUCAUCUCUAGAAUCUCUGAUAUAUGAGCAACGGGCUGCCCGUAGCUGAAAUAAAGUGUUUGUGCAAGGGGUAUGGACGCUGCCUACUUCAUUAACAGAUGUGCAAGCCUAUAGAAGAAAUUCCAGGGCAACUAAUGAAGUCAGAACAUGAGCGCUGCAACUGAGCUGUUUGAGAACAAAGGUCGGCAAUCUUACCCAUCACCCUGUCAUAUACCAUUUCUUCAUACCAGCUGAAGGAACUUGAACCCAGUGGUGCUCGAGUUUUGCAUAUUAACAUGUUUUAUGGACUUGUUACUCUCUGAAUUUUACUUGAGAAAUCCAUGCAAAGAAUGAGGCCGGCGAUUCAGGAAUCACAUUUGAUUGUGUUGAAAUUUUGUUAAUCGGAAAGUUUGAGGCAAUUUGGUAUAUAUUUCUUUCACUGGUGAUGUCCAGAAUCGUGAGCAUUUACAUUGUGCAAAGAUCCGGAGCCUUUAUUAGUGGAUUAGUAAAGAACUGAAGCUAAACUAUGUUCGUGGCUCAAUUCCUGUUGUAAAACAAAUCAUGGUGUGCAAUUCGAGCCGUAGUUCCUGUC